AUGUGUCGAGUUCGGUGUUGCUUUGAGUGUCAAUUUAUAUAUCAAAAUGCUAAUUGUCAGGAUCGCUCCAGAUCGCCUGUGAGAACUCGCUCAAAGUCUCCUCCAAGGAGAAGAGACUACCAGGCACCCCGUGGGGACAGAAGAGAGGGCAGAGGAGGUAGAGGAGACAGAGGGGGUAGAGGAGACAGAGGAGAGAGAAGAGGAGACAGAGACAGAGGAGAGAGAAGAGAUGACAGAGGAGAGAGAAGAGGCGGAUACUCCAGAAGAGAAAGAGGUGAUAGGGGAGGAUUCAGAGGAGGAGAAAGAAGAAGACCACCUUCGCAUGAAUCUACCGUGGCUGCCGCUGACGACCACAGAUCCAAAGUGGAGCGUAACUACAAUCACUCAAUUUUCGUUGGAAACAUCCCAUUUGAGACGACUGCCAAGGAUAUAGAGGAUAUGUUUGGCUCUAACUUCACAAUUGUGAGAGCCGACAUUGUCACCAACCGUGGUCGUUCUCGUGGUAUGGCCACAGUGGAGUUUUCCAGCAAAGACGAGGUGGACAACGCCAUUUCCAAGUUUGACAGAACCGAAUUGAAUGGUAGAGAAAUCUUUGUCAGACAAGAUUACCCACCUCCAGAGGAAAAGAGAAGACAAGAGCGUGAAAGAUCCGAGAGAUCCGAAAGACCAGAGAGGGUUGAUAGAUCUGAAAGAAGAGACCGCUUCAACGAACCUCCAAUGGCCGGAACAGAAGUAUUCGUGGGUAACUUGCCAUUUUCAGUCACUUGGCAAACAUUGAAGGACUUGAUGAGAUCAGCAGGUGAUGUGGUAAGAGCUGACAUCAAGCAGAACAAGUGGGGUAGGUCCAGAGGUUUUGGUACGGUGGUUUUUAACACUCCUGAAGAGGCUGCUGCAGCUGUGGAGAAGUUCCAGGGCUACAAUCUUGAGGGCAGACAAAUCGACAUCCGUCCAGGCAGAGACCUUUCCAAGAAGGACAGAGACAUCCCUUUCCAUAAGAACACUCCAUUCACUGAGGGUGUCACUGGCAAUGGUCCAGAAUCUGCCGUUAUCUUUGCUGGUAACUUGCCAUACAUCACCACUGAGAGCGACUUGUUUGAGUUGUUCGAGACCAUUGGCCACGUCAACAAGGCCGAGAUUAAGUACAAUGAACAAGGCAGAGCUAGUGGAAAUGCUGUGGUGGAGUUUGAGCUGGUGGAUCUUGCUGCUUCUGCCAUUCAGAACUUGCAUGGUUACAACUACGGAGGUAGAGACUUGCUGAUAACUUUUGCUAAAAGAGGUUCAGGCGACUCUGUUGACAUUGCUGUUGAUGGUGAGGAUGCGAUAGUUGAUGCUGCUGAAGAUGCUCCUAUUGACGUUGCAGCUGAGGCUGCACAAGAAAUCGAAGCAGACCCUGUAGUGGAGCAAGAGCCAGCUGUUGAGGCCGAUGUGGACAUGAACUAG